GUGGAAGGGCUAGUCAAUAAAGCGGCUCUGGGCGGGAGUUCGUAGUGCGGUUUGGCGGAGAGAGUGAAGCUUAACUCCGGACGCAAAAACACGGGGAGGGAAGAGGCGUGUGGCUCCGUUCCUGAUUAUUUCCCAGUUUAACUAGCACGUACGGAUAUAGAUUUUUCCCACGGAGACUCAAGCCGUUUUGAAGAAUAACACGCAUUCAAUCAGUCUCGUGUUACCAUCUCGACAACAACGUUAGCCAGUCACUUAAACAUCACAAAACAGACCUUUAAAGUUCACUAUCAGACCUGAUACCGAGGAGCUGGUGGUACUUGGAGGCUGUUGACGUUUUUGUGGGGGUUUGAAAGUUUCCUGCGAGGAUCUGUGGAUUUGUUUUCUAAGUUUUGUUCGUGGAAGUCAGACGCUCGGGCCGCAAACAGUCUCCCGUGCGCGGAGAGGAGAAACAGUUCCCUGGUGGUCUGGAGAGCUCUGCGUUCGGAGCUAGAACCUGGACAGCUCAUGACUUCAGACCAGGAAGGAAAAACUAUCGUGGAGCCACAGGUGCAGCAGUCACAGGAAGCAAAGGAGAAAGAGAUUCCACUUUUGGAAUCCUCCAAGAUCUCAUACCUUAAUCCCAAUGCAAAGGCAUGGGCCAAUUACAUGCAUAAACCGGAGGCCUCUGCUCCAACCAACCCAGAUUCUCAGCAGGCAUGGGUAGAAGGAGCCGAUGACCCAUCAAACUGCAUCUCACGAGGUUAUAGCAACAGUGAAGGCAAAGGGAACUGGAAUGAGGAACAGCAGGUAUCUACAUCUGUAGAGCUGCCCUUUGCAGCACAGCCAGAAUCAGUGUACAUGGGAAGCUCAGCCAGUGAGAAGGGCAUUGUGUCAAACCAGGAUACCAGUAUGAAAGGGGUGGAUGAUUCAGACUCCUCCAGACAGCUUGAAGACCUUCGGGAACAGUUGAAGGCAACACUGGAGUUCUGCCUUUCUAGGGAGAAUCUAGCCAAUGACAUGUACCUCAUCUCACAAAUGGACAGUGACCAAUAUGUGCCAAUAGUGACUUUGGCAAACCUUGAUCAAAUCAAGAAACUCAGCACUGAUGUGGAUCUCAUUGCAGACAUCCUUAAAAAGCUGCCUCUCGUCCAAGUGGACAUAUGUGGAGAGAAAGUGCGGCCCAAUCAGAACCGCUGCAUCGUAAUUCUCAGAGAGGUUCCCGAGGCCACUCCUCUGGAGGAAGUUGAAGCGCUCUUUAAGAACGAUAACUUGCCCAAAUUCAUCAAUUGUGAGUUUGCCUACAAUGACAACUGGUUCAUCACCUUUGAAUCUGAGGCAGAUGCUCAGCUGGCAUAUCAGUAUCUCAGAGAAGAGGUGAAAACUUUUCAAGGGAAGCCAAUAAAGGCUAGAAUAAAGGCCAAGGCCAUUGCCGUCAAUACUUUUGUGCCAAAGAAUGGGUAUCGACCAGCGGAGGUGUCCUCAAAUGUCCAGCAGCGCUACACCCCUUACUACAUCCCACCUGUGUAUGGAGCACAGCAACAGUUUCCUCUUUACAGACUGGUGACGCCUCAGGGCUGGUCAGCUACACAGAGCUACCUGGACCCGACUCUGGUAACUCCAUUUCCCAGCCCUGCGUUCAUUAACGGCUUUGCUGGUUCUCCAACAUUUAAAUCAGCAACAUCUCCACUAAAUGUCAGACAGUAUGACCCUCGACACAGGAACCACAACAGAACACACAUUCGUCUAACAACAACAACAGAACAUGGAACCACUCUGCUGGAAAACCCUGCUGCUUUCUCUACUUUCCCUUCGGAGAGGGUCCCCAAUGGGACACGUCCUCCACAGGCUCAUCACCUGGGUAGCCGACCUCGACUACAGAGCGGUCCGUCCUAUCCACGCCGGGACCAGGUUGGAAAUGGACGAAUGGAGGUGAACGGGGCCGAUUUCUCUCUGAAUGCAGGCCGUGGAAGAAGGGGUGGCUAUGGAUACAGGAAAAGGAGAGAUGACAACAAGUUUCCAAGAGCAGCAACACAGUCACCUCCUCCUGUUCAAGAGCGCACUCCGUCCCCCAGCUUUGAGCUGGGCCUGUCCAGCUUCCCUCCUCUGCCUGGAGCCGCAGGAAAUCUAAAGCCUGAAGUAAAAACUGAAAACAGCCUUGAAAACAGACUGUCUGACAUUGUCACCGGAGCAGUGAAAGACAAGCCUCUAAAUAAAGAUGUGGUCACCAGCCGUGUGAUUUCAGGGACCCCCAAAGAAUCCGUGCAGGCUGCUCCUGCUCCUGCUCCUGCUGCUCAGACCCCAGUGGACCACCAACACUCACCCUCUCCAGCACUUACAAACCUGACAACUAAAGAAAAACCUAAAGAGAAACAGACACCUGCUGAGAAGUGCUCCGAGACAAAAGCUGCUAAAACCACACCACUGAGCAAUCCAAUAACAGAGCCCCGGAAGCCAAGCUAUGCAGAGAUCUGUCAGAGGAUAAGGGAGGCACCAACACAGCAGCCAUCAGCAGAUUCCCGGCCUCUCAGCUCCACCGCUGAAGACAUCAAGACUUCUGACUCAGCAGAACGCAGAUGCAGAGAAUCAGCACCUGCAACUGCCAAAUCUGCGGCGACGGCUUGUCCCAGAGAGACAGUGAAACCUCAUCAGAGCAGUGGAGAACGAGCGAGCGGCGGUACAACGGCUUCCUUCCACCAAUCCUGAGGGACUUGGUUUUGUUUCCAGGACCGAACGGGAACGAAAACUUUGUCAGGGCUGCUCACAAAAAAAAAAAAAAAAGUCCCUCUUUUCUCAUGGUCUCUGUGAGCACACACACACAAAGACAGACACACAGCUUGUCACUGGAAUCAGGGCCUACAUACAAAAGCACUUGUGCAUAAGGGUUCUCGGAAUAUUUUUGUUGUAAUUUUAUUUUUCGACUUACAAGAUUUUUUUCCGUUGUUUUCCAAGGAAAAUGGGAUUAAUGAACCAGCAUCAGUUGGAGAUGAACUAUUUAAAAACAUUUUUCAGAGCUCACCUUUAUUUUGGGGUUAGAAUUUGGGAGGAAAUAGUGAUUUUUGUAUAGUGCUGAUCCUGAAACACUUUAUUUUUGAGUUUUCUUUCCUUUUUUUUUAACUGAUAUGUAUAUGAUUUUGCUAACCUUGAGUGUCCCGACAGUCCCAGCCAUUAAAACUGCAUGAGUGUGUCUUUCAUGUAAAUCUGUUUUGUUCCAUUUCUAUAUUUGGAUGUUCCAGCACUGGAGUAAAAAAUUAUUUUUUUUGAGCUCUGAAUUAUAUUUUUUACAUGCUUAAUCCUCUAUCAAAUUGUACUGAUGUGAUAUUGUAUACAGGUGUAUGUAUACCUGUUCUUGUGUGCAUGCUUUCUUUUACAUUGUUGUUCUUUUCUUUUUAACCUUUUAAUGGCACACAUUGUUCUCCUGUAUCAUUUCUUUUCUUUUUUUUUUUCCCCUAUUCGCCAAUAGUUUGGGAAGAACCGCUCUGAUGCCUCUUCAUUCGAUUUUGAAGAUCGUCACACUGCAAAGUCCUCAGGUUGCGAGGGUGAAGUAUUCAUGUGCCUAGUCUGCUGUGAUCUAAAUGAUAGAUGGCUAUAUUAUUUGCUUCUUAACUUCGUUUGCUAUCCCAGUGUGGUGCUAUGGUUCGUCACAUGGUUUACUUUGGUGCUUUUAUCUGUAGAAAUAAAGGGAAAGACACUGACAUGCACCAACGUCUAUCGUAUGACCUUCACCAAUUCGCUUUCAUAUCACCACAACUAUGUGAGUGGGAUUGUGUACAUUUUAUAUAGUGACGUAUACAUCAAGAGCAAAAAGAUCUGAGCCUUCAGCACACAUGGAUCAGCGCUGUUUUGUGGGUUUCAGUCUCAUUCAUGCUGUUCAUUAGUUAAGUUAAUUGGUUCUCAUUUGAGUUUGAAAUCAUUUUGGACUGAGCGAGACAGUUUUUUUUUUUUAAAUGUCUUCCUGCAGCGUGAAGCACGUGCAGAAUGCUUUGAGAUGUUGUCAUGGCGUCUGUUGGUUAUAUUAUCUUGUAUCUUCCCUGUGAGUAUGUUUUUUUUUUCUCUCUCUGUUAAUCAAAAACAAAAAGAAGCUUUUGUUGAUUUUUCUGACUUUCUGAAUGCAAAUGAUCAUUUUUCCAUCAAUAAAUGAAGCAUACCUUGGUUAAAGUAAUGAAGGUUUCAUUACAUAGACCGUUGAUGUUCAAAAAAAGAAGCAAAUUUAAAAAAGGAAACAUCACAUAUAAAUUAAGUGUUUGAAAACUUGAAUUUUAUUUAAACUUGAAAAAAAAGUCUCUGCCUUAACUUUUUAGAUUACAAUUUUUUUUGUUUUGUUUGUUUUCUUUCUUUCAAUUCCCAAAGUGUAGAAAAAAGGAUGAUGUGGUUGAGGUGUCACAAAGCCUUCGUCACUACAUUUGUGUAGCACAAUACUUUUGGGAUUAUCGUUUUGUUUUGUUCUCCUCUGUGUAAAUGCUUGUAGUCUAAACUGUAGUACAUGUAUACACUCGUAUGUGUGUGCUUUCUCUGUACAGAUGUAAAUAAUUGGAAAAUGUUAAAAUGGUACCCAAACAUUGGUUAUGAGAAAAUGUAUGGAAAAAAAUUAAUAAAUGUUAAUGAGAAAUUG